UUAGUGCUAUUUAAUGUCGUUCAUUCUAACAUUUCCGAUUUUGAAGAAAUCGCAGACCUAGAACUGUUUUUUGGAAUGUUAUACGCAUGCGUUACUUUCAUGUUAUUUCAAACAACAUUAAAGUUUUGAAACCUCGUGGCGCACGUAGUUAAAGUUAAGAAUCCAAUAAUUAAGCUGAGAUGUCGUCAGAAGAGUCAGAGCCAACUCGCUUAAGAUCAGGUGGAUCAAAGAAAAAAUUGAAGAAAAGGGAAGAGGUUUCGUCGUCAGAAGAGUCAGAGCCAACUCGCUCAAGAUCAGGUGGAUCAAAGAAAAAAUUGAAGAAAAGGGAAGAGGUUUCGUCGUCAGAAGAGUCGGAGCCGACUCGCUUAAGAUCAUGUGGAUCAAAGAAAAAAUUGAAGAAAAGGGAAGAGGUUUCGUCGUCAGAAGAGUCAGAGCCAACUCGCUCAAGAUCAGGUGGAUCAAAGAAAAAAUUGAAGAAAAGGGAAGAGGUUUCGUCGUCAGAAGAGUCAGAGCCAACUCGCUCAAGAUCAAGUGGAUCAAAGAAAAAAUUGAAGAAAAGGGAAGAGGUUUCGUCGUCAGAAGAGUCGGAGCCGACUCGCUUAAGAUCAUGUGGAUCAAAGAAAAAAUUGAAGAAAAGGGAAGAGGUUUCGUCGUCAGAAGAGUCAGAGCCAACUCGCUCAAGAUCAAGUGGAUCAAAGAAAAAAUUGAAGAAAAGGGAAGAGGUUUCGUCGUCAGAAGAGUCGGAGCCGACUCGCUUAAGAUCAUGUGGAUCAAAGAAAAGUAUAAAAAUUCCUAUUCACAAAUUGAAGAAAAGGGAAGAGGUUUCGUCGUCAGAAGAGUCGGAGCCGACUCGCUUAAGAUCAUGUGGAUCAAAGAAAAAAUUGAAGAAAAGGGAAGAGGUUUCGUCGUCAGAAGAGUCAGAGGCAACUCGCUCAAGAUCAGGUGGAUCAAAGAAAAAAUUGAAGAAAAGGGAAGAGGUUUCGUCGUCAGAAGAAUCGGAGCCGACUCGAUCAAGAUCUAGUGGAUCAAAGAAAACUGUAGAAAAAAUGCUGCUUCAGUUAAUGGAACUGCAAAAAGAUACCUUACUACGUGUGAAGCAAUUAGAAGAAGAUAAAGAUACGUUUUCUUCACAAGCCACAAACGAUUUGUCCUACGAUGGCUAUCGUAAUUACCGUCGACGGCAUCGUGGGCCCACUUCCUACAGCUCCUACAGGAAGUGGGUCAACAAUAACGGAGUUGACAACUCCUCCUUUAAUUGGAAAGGAAGAAUGAGAGGAGGCGGCAGAUGUCGGGGUGGGUGGCAUAAUCAUAAAAAUUUUAACUUAUUUAAACUUUAAAUAUAUUGUAAAUAAA